AUGGAUCUCAUCUUCCCCGAGCCAGGUCCAGGCGAGAGCUGGGACCCGCACACAAUACACACCCACUACUUUGGAUUCAGCAUCCCGGAGAAUACAAUCGGAGUCUUCAUUUACGUCCGCGCCCAACCUUACUUUAAGACCUGCCUUGCCGGAGUGUCCGUCUUCAAGGGAAUGGACAACCUGCGGCCCUUGGACUGCGAGCACAAUAACAUCAUCAACACUGUCCCCUGGCCAACCGUCGAGGGCAAUGUGAUUCACAUCGCCAAUGGUAUGACGUUCGAUUUCCUCGAGCCUGGCAACAAAGUUCGCCUGUUGUACCGCAGCAAGGACGGCGAGACGCACUUUGAUGUCACGCAGACUGCUCUCCAUCCAAUGCUUCCACGAGGCUACGUCAUGCCGGGAGAAGAGAAGAAUACGAACCCGUCGCAGAACCCGACAGGGCUCGAACAGUUGAUGAAGUGCACGGGCAGCCUAACGAUUCACGGAAGAACAUACAAUGUCAACUGCCACGCGGCCAGGGACCGCUCGAUCCGGCAGGUCAGGACCGAGGAUGAGAUCGUGUCCCCGCCCUAUGGCUGGUCGCCCAUAUCCUUCGGGCCGGACUUCUGCUUCAACCAGGCCGGAUUCGAAGACCCCGGCCAGAACCCAGCCUGGCUGAGCAUAUUCCCCUGGCCAAAGGACAAGCCUACGACGACGUUCGCCUGGCUGGUGAGGGGGGAGCACGACGUGCGCAACGUGGUCAGGGUCCAGAGGAAGGUCUUGGCCUACCACCCCGUUCUGGGAUCGGCCGUCAAGCAGGAGAUGGAGAUCGAAGACGACAAGGGGGAGAUCUAUAGGCUCAAGGGCCAGGCGAUAGCCGUGGCCCAGCUGCCGGCCUGGCCCAACGCCAUGUUUGUAGAUAGCGUCUACAGAUGGACGGAUGACAAGGGACGAGGCAUGGUAUCAUAA